AUGCUCUUUCAACGAUCUGUGCUCCUUGCAACCAUGUUGGGUGGAGCCUCCGUCCUCGCGGCCUUUGUGGAUGUGACGGAGCAAGUCUUGCCCGCAUACACGCAAAGCUAUGUACCCUUUUUGGACAUCAAGAAAACUCCCAUGGCAGCUGGUGUCUGCACACUGGAUGUCAACAAUGAUGGAUCUCCGGACUUGUACUUUGUGAGCGGACCAGGAUUUCCCAAUGCUCUCAUGCUUAACGUUGGAUCUGGAGUCUUCCACGAUGUAUCAGAGCAGUGGGGUCUAGUCCACAAUGAAGACAGUGUCCUCACCUGCUUAGCAAUAGACUUGGACAAUGACGGAUGCGAUGAUCUUGUGCUCACUGGAGCCUUUACUGGGGACAGCUUCACUGGCAACUUCAUGCCUAAAAACAACUACUGCAGCGAUGGUGCUAUGAACUUUAUAGAUGUGAUACCUCCAGUCCUCAAGGACUUGCCCUACACUAUUUCAAGCUCAGCAUAUGACUUUGAUCACGAUGGAUUGCUCGACCUUUAUGUGAGCGCCCUAGGUGGUCGGCCUUUGAUUCUAUAUGGAGAGCCAAAUGGCAACCACUGGCUUGGUGUUCGAUUGGAGGGAACUGGACCCAAAACUAGUCACCAAGCCAUUGGAGCUGUUGCUCAACUCUCUAGAAAAGAUGGAAGUGGGCCCAAGCAAACCUUGAUCCUAUCAGCUGGUUCUGCAGCCAUGAGCACAGAGGAGAAGACAUUGUUCUUUGGAAUGGGGUCCAGUGAUGUCAGUGACUAUGAAUCAUCCAUUACCUGGCCAGGUUCUGGUGAGACUGAAGUCUUUGAUGGUUUCAGUGAACCAAAGAUUGUGACAUUGGUGCAAGGAACAGGUGUCCCAUCAUCUGUGGAGGCAUCCCGUUCUGGAAGUAGUUCCACUACUGGAGAGACCCCUCUGUCAAAGAACAAUUUCAUGCUCCAUCGCUAG